CACUGGUGAGAGAAAAGCUGCAUCAACAGAUUUGACCUGUUGUUGGAUUGUAUUUGACGUUAGCGCAUCAGCACACAUGGCUUACAGAGGGAGUGUGAAACCCUUUGUGCACUUCAAUGCAAAGAAGGAUGCUGACAUCUUACGCAAAGCCAUGAAAGGCUUAGGCACUGAUGAAGAUGCCAUCCUCAUGCUCUUAACUGCUCGCAACAACGAGCAAAGACAAGAGAUCAAAGCAGCCUAUAAGAAAGCCCAUGGGAAGGACCUGGUGAAGGAGCUAAAGUCAGAGCUGGGUGGGAAGUUUGAGGACCUUGUUGUGGCUCUGAUGUCUCCCCCUCAUGUAUACGAUGCAUAUGAACUCCAUAAGGCCAUCAAGGGAGCUGGUACUGAUGAUAAAGUUCUGAUUGAGAUCCUGGCCUCCAGGACACCUGAUCAGAUAAAGGAGAUAAUCAAAACAUACAAGAAAGAACACGGAUCUAAGCUGGAGAAAGACAUCAUGGGAGACACCUCUGGACAUUACCAGAGGCUGCUGAUUAUCCUUCUCCAGGGUGAGAGGGAGGAGGGUGUGGACGAGAGCAGAGUGGAUAAAGAUGCCAAGGAGUUGUAUGCUGCUGGUGCGGAGAAGUUUGGCACGGACGAAGACAAGUUCAUCAACAUCCUCGGCAAUAGGAGCCAUGAGCACCUGAAGAAAGUGUUUGAUGCAUAUAAAAAAAUAGCUGGCAAUGACAUUGAAGAGAGCAUUUGUGGGGAGUGUACCGGGAACCUUGAGGUAGCACUUUUAGCAGUGGUGAAAUGUGCCAAGAGCGUACCAGGCUAUUUUGCUGAAUGUCUCCGUGAAUCCACCAGGCGUGCUGGCACUGAUGAUGAAACACUGAUAAGGAUCAUGGUGUCCAGGAGUGAGGAGGACAUGCUGGACAUCAGAGCCAGCUACAAGAAAAUGUAUGGAGAAUCGCUGUACCGUAAUAUACAGGAGGACACUGAUGGAGAUUAUGGGAAGGCUCUGCUGUAUCUCUGUGGUGGAGAUGAUUAACUGUGCUGUUUAUUCACUUAUUGGUUUGGUUAUAUCAACUCCUGAUUGCUAUUGCUAUUUAUUCAUACCCUGAUGAACAUUCUUUCUUACAGGAAAGUUAUUUUAUAUGUUUUAUAUUAGCUACAUGAGCAAGUUUCACUCAAACUGCAGAAGAGUUUUCUUUCAGUUUUACUUUUAUGUGUUUAUGAUUAUCAGCAACUAAGGAAGCCUGCAGAGGCUUCUGUAACAUCUUCAGCAAGGUUUAUAAAUGUAUUAUGUGUGAUGUUUUGUGUAUUUAUUUGAAAUAAACAUUUCUGUCAUUA